GGGUUCUCGCCCGACAAGAACAAAGAAUGAAUGGAAACCUAACCUCGAAGCAGAGUACUCUGCGUCCCAUGAUGAUGAUUUGACUUGCGUGCGGGGAGCAAAAAUCAUAUAUCCGUUUUCCGCUGUCCCUAACACCUUCUGCGUCUGCGUCUCCCUCUCUGUUUCAUCACUCUCUUUAGGGCUUUUCCUCUCUUCUUAAACCACAGGUAAGCCAUUGUUUUCCGUUCUCACCUGCUUACUCUGUACUCUUUCGUCGCGAACUAUGAAAUCCCAAUUCUCUGUUUUCUCUUGCGGGGUUCCAUCGAAUUUAUCAACCAUCGACCUUCGUUGAGCGAAUUGGCAAUGGUGAGAACUGUUGUACCAUCAAUGGGGGAGAGCGGCAAGCGACCACGACAGCGAAGAGAGUAUGACGAGGACAACAAGAAGAAUCACAAGAAACGAUUAAAUGACAAGGAUGAAAGGAAUAACGAUGAACUGGUUGUAUACAGAAUAAUAUGCCCAGAUGAGGUUAUUGGAAGCGUCAUUGGUAAAAACGGGAAAGUGAUAAACUCAAUACGGCAAGAAACAAGAGCCAAAGUCAAGGUGGUGGAUCCAUUUCCAGGGGCCAAGGGUAGGGUUAUAACCAUCUAUUGCUAUGUCAAGUCAAAGGAUGAUGUUGACAUUGAUGAGGAAUAUAGUAGUAGUACUAUUACACCCUUGUGUGGUGCUCAGGACGCUCUACUUAAAGUUCAUGCUGCCAUCCGUAAUGCAAUUGCAGCUGCUGCAGACUCUGAUAAUAGCAAGAGAACAGACAAGGAGGAAUGUGAAAUCCUUGUUCCUUCCAGCCAGUCGGCGAAUAUCAUUGGUAAAUCUGGGAUGACUAUAAAAAAAUUGAGAAGCAAAACGAGGGCUAGCAUUAAAAUUAAUGCCAAGGACGUUUCUGAUCCUACUCAUGCUUGUGCUAUGGACUUUGACAACUUUUUACUGAUAUCCGGUGAACCAGAGUCGGUGAAGAGAGCUCUAUUUGCUGUUUCUGCAAUCAUGUUUAAGUUUGGUCCCAAAGAAGCAGUUCCUCUGGAAACAACAGUACCGGACGUUCCUCCAAGCAUCAUAAUACCAUCAGAUGUCCCCAUAUAUCAUCCUCCACUUGGACUAUAUCCAAAUGCAGAUUCUAUUGGCCCUCCUAGAUCCAUUCCACCCAUCUUAGGUUCUGCACACGUACCGGAACUUCAAGGUUAUGGCGAUCCAAGUGGUUCAUGGCCUGUCUAUUCAUCCAACCUACCUGGACUAGCUACUUUGCAGUCUGGUCCUCCUCAAUCAGAAGAGUUAAUUGUGCGGGUGUUGUGCCCUUUCAGCAAGAUUGGACGUGUCAUUGGCAAGGGUGGUGCGACCAUUAAAAGCAUAAGGCAGGCCAGUGGUGCUAGAAUUGAGGUUGAUGAUACCAAGGUUGACCGCGAUGAGUGUCUUGUUACAGUCAUUGCAGUGGAGUCACCUGAUGACUUGAAAUCCAUGGCUGUCGAAGCAGUUCUAUUGCUCCAAGGAAAAAUUAGUGACGAGGAUGUGGAUACUGUUAAUAUGAGGCUACUUAUCCCUUCCAGAGUUAUAGGAUGUAUUAUUGGGAAAAGUGGUUCAAUCAUCAGUGAAAUCCGGAAGAGAACUAAUGCAGAUAUCCGUAUCUCAAAAGGUGAUAAGCCAAAAUGUGCGGAGGCUAAUGAUGAACUUGUUGAGUUGCUAGGGGAAGUUGCCUGUGUUAGGGACGCACUUGUUCAGAUUGUUCUAAGGCUUAGAGAUGAUGCAUUGAAAGACAGGGACAGUGGUCACAGUUCUGCUGCUGAUUCGUUAUACCCAGGAGCUCCUGGGCUUCCGGUUACUUCUCUCUUUCCUACUAUGCCUCCUAUUACUCCAUUGGGAUUUGAUCGAAGGGGUGAAGCUGGAAAUAGUUUGGGUUUGCUUCCCUCCAACAGCCUUCACGGAUAUGGAUCUUUGCCUAUUGGGGAAAAUGGCUACGGGACCAUGUCCUCGUAUUCUUCAUCCAAGCUAUAUGGAGGGUUUCCUCCACCCCCAACUCGUGAGAUGUUGGUGCCUGCCAAUGCUGUAGGGAGAGUUUUGGGCAAAGGAGGGGCAAACAUUGCCAACAUUCGAAAGAUAUCAGGAGCAAUGAUUGAAAUUUCUGAAUCCAAGGGUUCUAGGGGUGACCGUAUUGCACAUAUAUCUGGCACACCAGAGCAGCAACUUGCAGCUGAAAAUUUAAUCCAGGCAUUUAUAAUGGCUACCUAGUUUAUUGCGGAUGUGUAGUUCUUGAAGUCUCUUCUCUCCGAACAUCUUCUUAGAUCUGUUAGGUUUUCCUUCCGGUGACUGCUCAAAUUCUAGGCCUCAGCGAUCAGAGUCUCUUCCAGUUCCAUGGAGCCUGUCAAGAUAAUGGUUGAAGGUUCACUGCUGGCUUAGAACUCUUUGAUAUAGGUUUCCUUUGUUGCUCUUUAAAAACCAUCCAAUCUUAGAACUCCAUAGGAUCUUUCUUUCUUUUACGUUUGGCUUUUGCGUAUCUUAUCAUUUACUGCUAUGGGCCCAUCUCAUUUCCAACUAUGUUCAUAUUCUGUUUUGCAAUCACGUUCGAGAAAGGUUUCACAUAAUCCUUCUUGCUGGACUCGGGACUCGUGUGAUCUCCGUCGUCAUACAAUCUCUUGCCCUCUAUUUCCUGUUGGAAAAAUCUCUUGCUACGACAAAAUGUGUUGCUAUUGAAUCACUUGGUGCCGC